AUGGACACACCAAAUAACCACAACUGGAAAGUCCUCAAUGAAAAGUUUGUCUUUAUUUACCACUACUCUGAUCAUAAACGAAAACGUGUUAAAAACGAACCUCCAUGGCAUUCAAUGAAAAAUCUUAGCAUAUCAUGGAAGCGUACAAAUGAAUUAGACGAUAUGAAUGCCCACGACUUAAGUAAAUGGCACGGAGGAAAGAAAUUGAAGCUAAUUGACGCUAAAAUCAAAAUAAAGCAAAAUGAAUUCGACCACAGAAUUUCAACUCGAUUUCUGUAUAUAUUAAAAGAUCAAUAUAUCGACGAUAUCACACGUAUUAGCCUGUUAAAUCGAAUGAGUGUAAAUCUCAAAGAAGUAUUCCUUGUAACGAAAGUGCUUGCAAAUGUUUCCUGUGAAGUAAAUCAACCUUUACUGGCUAGAGACUCAAAGCUGAAUACUGAUAUGCUGUCAAAAACUAUUGAGCAAAAAAUAGAUUUGAAACAAAUGUUUUUAAAAUUUAAUAGAUUGUGGGCUAUCCAGUGA